GAAACGUGGAGUCUUAACAGAUGGACCACCAGCAAAGUCCCUAAAUGUCACCUCUAAAAAGAAGCCUUUGCCAGCCCUCUGUUGCCCUUUACAUGAUGACAUUUAGUUUCUUGGUAGCAUUUGCCCAUUUGUCAGUUUUCUGGUGUGUUUAUGCAUUUAUGGUCUAGCUCAUCCACUGCCUUAUCCCCAGGGCCUUAAAUAGUGCUUGGCACACAGGAGGUGCCCAAUGAGUAAGAGUUGACUGAGCACCUCCUGUGUGCCGGGCACUUCCUAGACACUGGGGACCCAGCUGAGAACAAAAGAGCCCCGAAGUCACUCACAUGAAGAGGCAGGGGAGGAAUGAGGGAAGAAUACAGGCAAGUAAACAAGAAACUUUCAAAUAGUGAGGAUUUCAGUGAAACCAGUGAUGUGAUAAAGAGGUACAGGGUGAGGGCUCCUCUCUGGUGAGAGGUCAGAGACGACCUCUCAGCUGUCUGGGCUGAGAUCCACAGAUAGAAAACAUUCCCAAAUAUGUGAACGCAGUGAUAGAUUCGGGGUGGAGGGGAUAGGAGUUCCAGGCAGAGGGAACAGCUAGUGCAAAGGCCCUGAGGAGGGAAUAAGUUUGGCUCAAUGAAUAUUUAUUGAGAAUAAAUGAAUGAUAGAAGAUUCUAGAAGGAAUCGAUUGUUCUGGUUUGGCCGUGGAGAGCUUGCUUGCGGGCAGGGGGUUGGGGGUUGCCAGCUCCAAUGAGGGAAGGGGGCUCCUGGCAGAGGGAAGGGCUCUAGCGGAGGCCUGGGCAGUUCUUCUUGGUUCUGUUCUGAGAGUGGACAGGACCCAGCCAAGGGCCCUGGGCUCUCCUGGAGCCGACAUCCAGGGAUUAUGACGAGAAACAGUCCCUGAAAGUAGGGGAGAGGUCAUGCGAGAGCCGCGGCUCCCCAGACUUUGGCCUUUGCCCACUGCCGGCUGGAAAAGCACGAAACAUCUGAGAUAACGGUCUUCCCUCCCCUCCCCCUAGCCUGCCCCCGUGUCACUGGCCCUUAACCCUGUCUGUCUUGCCUGUUCCCCAAUCAGCACCUGGGGGUGGGCUAGGAGCUCCCCAGGACUAUUUCAGCAUCUUUUAGGGGUGGUGACAGAGCCACAGAGAAGAGCCGGCUGAGCCUGGGAGCCCUGGUGGUGGGGUGAGCCCCCACCUCGCAGCAGACGCAGAAGUGGCUGGAGAAAGAGCUGGCCAGGUUCAUGAAUGGGGAUUUAGCAGUUGGAAAGAUGGCUUCCUCCACCAGUCUCACGUGCCCUACCGACAGCCUGGAACUCUUGGAUCUCCUGUUUGACCGGCAGGACGGCAUCCUGAGACACAUAGAGCUGGGCGAGGACUGGGGCCACGUUGAGGACCAGGUCCUGCCAGGCCCGAACUCUGAUGAUUUCCUCAACUCCAUCCUGGGUUCUGGAGAAUCAGUGCCCAGCUCCCCGACCUGGUCUCCUGCGGCCAGUGACAGUGGCAUCUCAGAAGAUCUGCCCUCCGACCCCCAGGACACCCCUCCACACAGUGGGGUGGUUGCCACCCCGGCCAGCUGCCAUAGCGCAGAGUCUGGCAAGGGGCCCUGCCCCUCCUACCAUACUGGCCCUGCCUGCCCCACCAGGAACCUUGGGCCAGUGGCCCAAGGGUUUGAGGCUUCCGUUGCUAUAGACCUGGAAAUGUGGAGCCCAGGCCUGUACGCCGGGGAGCAGGCUGAGCUGGCCAACUCACCCCCGCACUGCAACCUCACAGUGAAAGACCUCCUCCUCUCUGGCAGUGGCGGGGACUUGCAACAUCACCUGGCAGCCCCAAACCUGUUGCGCCUUGGGACCGAGCACAGCCAGGAGCUGGUGCUGACAGAGGAUGAGAAGAAGCUGUUGGCCAAAGAAGGCAUCACCCUGCCCACCCAGCUUCCCCUCACCAAGUAUGAGGAGCGAGUGCUGAAGAAAAUCCGCCGGAAAAUUCGGAACAAACAGUCAGCCCAAGAAAGCCGGAAAAAGAAGAAGGAAUAUAUUGAUGGCCUGGAAACUCGGAUGUCAGCCUGCACUGCCCAGAACCAGGAACUUCAGAGGAAGGUCUUGCAUCUUGAGAAGCAGAACCUGUCCCUCUUGGAGCAGCUGAAGAAACUCCAGGCCAUCGUGGUCCAGUCCACCAGCAAGUCGGCUCAGACGGGCACCUGCAUAGCGGUCCUGCUCUUCUCCUUCGCCCUCAUCAUCCUCCCCUCCAUCAGCCCUUUCGCCUCCAACAAAGCUGAGAGCCCUGGAGACUUCGUGCCUGUACGAGUUUUCUCCAGAACUUUGCACAACGAUGCUGCAUCCCGUGUGGCUCCCAACACCGUGCCAGGCUCCGAAACCCCAGGACAUGGGCCCAAGGCUGGCACACUUCAGGAAGGGUCUCCAAGCAGCCCUCAGGGGGAAUGGGGAUCCCGGGACCCGCCGGCUCCGGACAACUCGACGGAGGAUCUGGACAACGGGACCCUGGUCCAGGGCAACUCCAUGAAGGAGCUGGACCGGGCCGCCCUCCUAGACUGUGCCCGGCCUGAACAAGCACUUGGCCCAGGGCGCGUGGGGCUGGAGGUAGCAGUGGGGGAGCUGUGAGCACCACGGGUACGUGCCCCCACGCCCCUCUAGUCAGGUGUGCUACAGUGGACAGAGACAGGCACAGGGAUCCGAGGUGAGGGAGAGACCCCGGCGAUGGUGUCAGGAUGGAGACGCACAGACUCACAGCUUCAGACCCAGGUACCCAGGCCCAUGCAGAAACUGAUGCUCAGACACAGACCAUAAGGCCACAAAGCCUGAGAAAUACACAUACAGACCCAGGUGCAGAAGGAAACAGGAAGACAGACACAGACUGAUCCACAGACCCAGAGAGAUAGGCAUACACCAGGCCUCGGUAACUCCCCGCUCAGGGACUCCUUCCUGCCCCCUGGAACACAGGGAGGAGGAAGCGGCCAAGUCUGCUGGGACCCUGGCCCUGGAGCACGGGCUGAGCUCUGAACUUCGGGGCCACCAUGGCUCACAGCUGUUCCCUUUUUCUAAGACUGCUAUGGUCCUUAAUAAAGUAUUUUGAGAGAACA